AUGUCAAACGACAAACCGAAAUCCAAGAGACCGAGACUUUUCCACCAAGAACCGACUAGCUCAAAUGCUUCGGAUAACAGUUCUGAUGUUCCACAAAUCAAGCGAGUUAAACGGGUUACAAAAGUAAGUUUUUUCUUUUGAUGUUGUUCUUGGUUUAGGUUUGCAGACGUAAAUCAGCUUGUUUUGAAUAUAUCUUUUGGCUUGAUAUAGUUAGAAAGCUGAAGUUGUUUUGAAGGUAAAUAAUAGACAUCUUUAACUAUUUUAGAAACGAAGUUUCUUAGAAUAACAAAAAUUUCAAAGUUACAACAAUUUUUUCUUAUCAUAUUACAAGGUUCUUAAAAGUUUGAACUCGGGACCAAUUAAAACACGCUGUAUUGCUUCCAAAUACAAGUUUAAGAGCUGCUGCGUGACAUUUUGGAACUAUUUUUGUUGUGUUUUCUUGAACAAAUGUUUUAUUUGAUUUAUGGCUUGAAGUAAUUUGCGAUUUGUCACGUAGUAAGUAGGAUGAACUGUGGUGUGUUUUGGGUAUAAAUGUCACGUUAGUUGGUUUUGUGUAGAUAUACAAGGUUAAGUAUUAGCAAACGAUACUUGUUGAAUUGAGCUUGGAUUGUAGCCUAGUUUAGGUUUGUUCAGCAUUUAUAUUAGCUGAACCUAGUGUAACAUACCAAAAUGAGCAUAAUGGAGUUUGAAAUUUAUUUCACUGUAAGCGGGCUUUUUAUUUAUUUAAAAAGUAGAAUUGGCGUUAAGUUAUAUUUCAUUAUAUUAUCCAUGGAGUUUUGCUUUUUCAGAAGUUCCGAAGUCAGAUACUGCUGGUAGAUGCAUCUGACCGCUACGGAAAAGAAUGCUACACACAAGAAGCUUUAGAAGAAACACAUACAGACACAUUCGAAGAGCUUCGUGACGUUAUAUCUAGCAAUACCUUCAAUUUGGUGGCGUAUGGUAAGAUUUUUUGAUUUUUUUGUUUUUAGGCUUUUCAAUGGGUAAAAAUGGAUAAUUUUUUGAUUGGUGGAUGGUUUUGGACGUUAUUAAUUAAUUUUUCUGUAUUUAUCAACAUUUUUCGUCAAAACUAUUGUUUUAGAUCUAAAAAAAGAUAUUUUAGGUAUACCAUCUGAUGGUAUCUUGCCAAUUCGACAAAUAUGGAAGGAAGAUACGGACUUGGAUAAUGAAAAUACGUUUUUAACAGUGGCUGGUGCUUCUCUGAAAAAAUCUGACCUUUUUACGUUGAAAAGUUUGCAGUUACUGAACGAUGAAGUCAUCAACGCUUAUAUGAAGUUGAUCAUCAAGAGGGCUGAAGAGACUCCUGGUUUUCCUAAGGUGAGAAUUCUGAUAAGAUGUGGUUUUAUAUGAUUUUAGAGCAGGGUAGGGUAAUUUUAAGGUAGGGCAGGGUUUAUGGGAUGAUAUUCUAAAUUUAGGCUAUAUAGUGUUCUUUAUAUUGUAGUAGGUGUUUAGGUAAUAAAUUUUUUAAUUUUGUUUAUUUUUACAGGUCUACGCAUUUGACACCUUCUUCUACCCAACAUUUCGUGACCAUGGCUAUGAGAAGGUCUCAAGAUGGACUAGAAAGGUUGAUAUCUUCUCAUAUGAUCUUGUUUAUGUACCCAUCUUUGCCAACGAACAUUGGGCACUAUUAAUAUGGGAUUUUGAACACAAACACAAGGUUUAUUGCGAUUCAAUGGACUUUGAGGAUGAGAAGAUUGCUACACAAGUCGCUAGCUAUUACUUUAGGGAAAUGGAGUAGGUUUUCGUGGUUUUUUGGUGUUAAAGUUGGUUUUUAGGUAUUGUAGGGGCAAAAUUUGGCUUGGUAGGGUAUGAUUAGGAAUGGUAGGGUAAGGUAGGGCAGUGAAGGGCAGAAGAGGGUAUAUGGUACAGUAAGGCAAGGUAGAGCAGAGGUGGGUUGAGGAAGGCAGAUGAGAUCUGGGUACGACAGGGAAAGAUAGGAUAGGCAUUUCUGGUUAAGGCUGGGUAAAAAAAAGAUUUUUUACGGUUUUUUUUAUUUUUAAGUAACAUAAAAACUUUUUUUGAAAAAAUAUUUAAAAAAUAAGGUUUUAGUGUAAUAUUAACCUCUAUUUUUCAGCCAAUACCUACUAGCAGAAGCAACAACAAAGCAGAAGAAAGACUUCACUACAAGGAGCUUGAAGAAGAUCCUAGUGGUAAGCACUUUUUUAUUUAAAAAUUCUAAUUAAACUUAAUUUUUACUAUUUUAUUUUCUACAAUAACAUUCUUUACACUUCUCAUGGUUAACAUAACUUUGAAAUUGCCAAACGUUUAAAUCAAAUCUGAAAAAUGAAAAAAAAAACUGAAAUAACAACCUUCAGAAUCGCCCAAUUCAACACAAUGACAUUGAUUGUGGUGUAUAUUUGUGCUCAUUCGCGGAGUUCACGGCCAGAAGAUGCACUUGCUACGACUUUUUACAUGAAUUUAUAUUCAAAUUCCGACAGAAAAUAUGCUACGAAUUGUUGAUGGGCAAACUCAUGUGGACAAAGAAUGGCAGAAAAGUGGUGGAAGAAGGAAAAGAAGAGAAAGAAGGUGAAGAUGAUGUAAAAACAGGCGAAUUUGGAAUGGAAAUGAAGGCUAAUGGCCGGAAAGUUGAUGUUAGUGUCUUGGCCGGUCAAAAAAACAAUGGCAGUUUAUCGACCGGUCAAAAAAAUAAUGGAAGUUUAUCGACCGGUCAAAAAAUUAAUGGAAAUGUUAAGCUAAAGAAAGUCAAUGGCCAAACAGUGGAUGGAUCUUCAUUGAACGGUCAGAAAGCUGAUAAAAAUGGAAUAUCCAAGAGAGAAAUUGACCAAAAAGUUGUCAUAUCUUCGUCGAGAGGUCAAGAAGAAGUGGGAACUUCAUCAAUCGGUCAACACAUUGACAGAAUGUGGGCAGGGAAGAAACAAAAUGGUCCAAAGUUUUUUGGAAAUGGCAAAACUUGUGGAGGAAAGCCCGAAAAACGGCUUGAAAAUGGAGGAAAGUUGACGAAAAACGAAGAAAAACUAGUAAAGCAAGAAGGAAAAGCGUCAAAGAAUGAAGGAAAAGUGAAGAAACAUGAAGAUACAAGCCUAAAAAGUAUGAUCCAGCGAUUGAAAAUGGCAAAAACUUGA